AUGUCGAAAGCACGCGCGGUUACGGAUCAGGUUGUGAAGUUGAUUGUCGGCGCUGGGCAGGCGAGCCCAAGUCCUCCUGUUGGCCCUGCGCUGGGAAGCAAAGGUGUGAAAUCUAUGGAUUUCUGCAAAGAGUUCAACGCGAGAACAGCCCAUAUGGUCACAGGGACACCAACUCCCGUACGUGUUACCGUCCGACCUGACCGAAGCUUUCAUUUCGAAGUCCGCACACCUGCAACAUCAUAUCUACUCUUAAGCGCUGCGCAAGUUGAGCCGGUCAAAGGAAAGCUCAAGGGCAAGACGGGAAACCAGAUUAUUGGGGAGGUCAGCCUCAAACAUGUCUAUGAAAUUGCGAAGAUUAAGCAGAGUGAAAUGAGGUUGAGCGGGUUGAGCUUGGAGGGGCUCUGUAAAAGCGUUAUUGCGCAGGCGAAAACUAUUGGAGUUGCGGUUAAGCCUUAA